GUUGGUUUGUUAGUAGAGUAGAGUAGUUCAGUGAUUGUGAUAAGUGACUGUCUAACUGUAAAAAAUAUGGUGAAAAGAGAAGAAACGAUUCUAGUAGUACCCACUAUGGCCCGUACACCACUGAAGUCGUCGUUUUCCAUCAGUUCGCUGUUUCCAGAAACUGCGUUAGAAGCGCCUAAAAGUCCCGCAGCAACAAAAGUUCAGGAAGUGUCCGAACCGGAACUAAGUGAUUCUGAUUGUGAUUUAGACGUUACCGGUGACGAUGAAGCAUCAGCUUCGAAUUGCUCAAAGUCUCCUCAAGACGGUAAGGAUGAUUCAGAAGAUAAAAAGUCCAAAGAGAAACCUCCAUACAGCUAUAACGCUUUAAUCAUGAUGGCUAUAAGGAACAGUCCUGAGAAACGUUUAACUCUUAACGGCAUCUACGAAUAUAUUAUGUGCAAUUUUCCGUACUAUAGAGAAAACAAGCAAGGAUGGCAGAACUCCAUCAGGCACAACUUGAGCUUAAAUAAAUGUUUUGUGAAAGUGCCCCGACAUUAUGACGAUCCAGGCAAAGGCAAUUAUUGGAUGUUAGACCCCUCUGCUGAAGACGUUUUCAUAGGGGGAACUACAGGCAAGCUCCGCCGACGGUCCACGGCAGCAUCCAGGUCUAGGCUAGCGGCUUUCAAACGCACAUUGUCGAUGUACCCUAUGCAACCUUUAUAUCCGACGUUUUAUCCACCAAGUCCAGCUCUUUUGGCGGCUGCAUAUCAAAGGUACAAUCCCUAUUUGCACGCUAGUGCUACGCCGACGGUUUUACGGCCGUCUCCUAUACAACCACAGCACAACCAACCCUUUAACAUGGAGAGAUUGUUGGCGGCAGCUCCUCCAACGGUUGACAUGAACUCUCCAUUCUUCAGACAACCCAUGGAGUUCUACAGCGGCUUCAGAAUACCCCAGCAUCAUCCCAUGAUGUCGCAGCAGAUGGCUUUAUCUCCUGCUAGUUCAUCCAGUUCGCCGGAACCUCUCCCUAGUCCGGAAAAUUUGUUUAAACCCGUAACAGUGAUAAGCAGGCAGAGCUGAUUGUCCUCUAGCUUUAACUGAAAAUUUUAAAGAAUAACGUAGUUCUGCUUUGAUCUCAUCGACGUCUGUAAGCUUUAUGUUUUUAUUUUUGUAUAUAUUUUUUUUGUAUAUAGCUUGUAAAUUCUUGUAAAUUUGAUAUUUAUUGUGACGUUAGCUCUGCAAA